AGAGAAAACCAAAAUCUAAGUACACGAAUGUGAUAAGAAGCUGAAAAGGCAUGGCGUCAAGGGACCCAAGAAGAACCGCUCUGCAACAUACGUUGCAGCAACUUCGGGAUGUCACAAACUCCACUGCGUUGAACAAAGCCUCAAUUAUUGUGGAUGCCUCCAAAUACAUAGAGGAGUUGAAGCAGAAAAUAGAGGGACUGAACUCAGAGCUUGGAAUUACUGAAUCACCACUCACUCAAAUUGACGAACUACCUAUGGUAACAGUGAAAACCCUAAAAAAAGGUUUCCUCAUUAACGUGCUUUUAGAAAAGAAUUGCCCUGGUAUGCUCGUCUCUAUACUCGAAGUCUUUGAAGAACUUGGCCUUGAUGUGCUUGAUGCUAGGGUUUCUUGUGAAGACAGUUUCCAGCUAGAAGCUGUGGGAAGAGAAAGUGAGAAGAACGACAGUGUCGACGAGCAAGUGGUGAAGCAAGCAGUGUUGCGAGCAAUCAAGAACACGGACUAAUUAUAGGAAGCACACGGAUAAGCAAAAAAUCCAGCACCCCUUUUGUCUGUUUAUAAGAGCUUAAAAUUUGCAUAUUCAAGUGAAAGAAUGUGAUUGCAUAUUCUGCCAAAACCUCAUGAGGUACCUCCUCAAUGACCCUAGCAUAUUGAUAUGGCUUAUCAACAUCUUCUUGGAUGGUGGGAAAUGAAUGAAUGGACAUGCAUCGUCCAAGUUGAUAUAUAAAUAUAGUGCCAUUUUGGCUUUCAGUGGGCUGGGAAGACAAUAGAUCCAAAACAUGGCCUAUUGGCAGAAGAAAUACAUGUUAGUAUAUAUUUAAUUAGUAUAAGCAAGCGAACUACUUA